AUGGAUGCCGAUUUGUCUCACCACCCUAAACAUAUUCCUGAAAUGAUUGCUUUACAAAAUAAAAAUAAUUAUGACAUUGUUACUGGAACACGUUAUUCACUUGGAGGGGGAGUUUCUGGUUGGGAUUUUAAACGCAAACUUAUUAGUCGUGGCGCCAAUUUUCUUGCACAAUUUCUCCUCGAGCCUGGAGUUUCCGAUUUAACUGGCUCUUUUAGACUUUAUCGAAAAAAUGUUUUGAAAGAUUUGGUGAAUCUUUCAAUUUCUAAAGGAUAUGUCUUUCAAGUUAGUUUUUAA